AGAUAUCGAGGAGAAGGAUGCCUGGGUCCGCCAGAUCAAGCUCAGGGCACAUUGUGCAUCAGGCACAGUCACAAGGGUCCAGCGAGCACGCGGAAAGCUUUGAGAGACGAGGGCGUAGCGCUACGAAGAGAGAUGUGACGUUCAAGCGGCACACAGAGCUUGUGAAGAACAUCCAGAGGGUUGAGAGCCAGCCGCCGUACGUGCGAUCGAGGGAGACGUCUGUGCACAGUGUGCACACGGCGAACUCCGGCGGUGAGACCAGGUCGACACAGCGGUUCAAGCACCCGAUGAGUGCUUACAACAACGAGAGCGGAGUUGACACGAUAGCACCAAGCAAGCUGUACAAGCACUAUCAGCUGCAGCAGGCCAGUGAGAGUCGGCGGUCUGUAAGCCAUGUUCCGCCAGCUGCUGUUCAUAACAGGGUCUCGGCGAGUAGUCAUACUUGCAGGACGAAGGAUACGACGAUACUGCUGGAUAAUGAGUUGGUACCUGCGUUCGAUGCCAUGAGGAUGGAUCUCGAAGAGGAUGCUGAUGGUGGAAGUGAUGGGCGCAGCAGCAACGUCAACGGCCAUGGUAGCGAUGAUGAUGAUGACUAUAGCAUCAGUGAAGAUGGCUCUAUGCAGGAUCUACACGUUCCUAUUGAUACCGACAACAGAGCUCUGGAGGAUGUCACUGACACCACUGAGUUGAAUUCUAGGAGGUUGCAGAUCCCACAAACACAGGGUAGAAUUCAGCACAAGAUCACAGCGUUGAAGUUGAUGCAAGAAAGUGAGGAGCAGAACACUUUCAAACGACAAUUCUCCACCAUUGAACAAAAGACGCUUUUGAACUCUUUGAACAACGACUUGCAGAGCUUAAGACGGUGCAACUACCGUCCAAUGCUGGAUAGUGUCAAGAGAGUCACGAGGAGAAACGUCGAUGAUGUGAUGGAAGGGGACAAUCACUCUGAACACUACGGGUUCGUCAAGACUUACAGUGCGCUGGAACCUAUAGACUUCAAUCAGGGCCCGAAACCACAUUACAAGCAUCACUCAAAAGCAUCUGAGGUUGACAUUGACAGGUUGAAGAUCCUAUUGGGCAACUCUGUGAAGGUGCUUGAGAGCCUAUGGGUCGACGAGCCUGAAAGGUAUAUCAGUAACAAAUCAUCCACAACAACCGGUCAAUCACAAUCCCAAGGAUCGUCGCUAUCACGUCAUCUACAUCAGAUGACAUUUGAAACCAUUGCUGAGGACGGAACGUUUGAUCUAAUCGACGUGAAACAUAAUACCGACGGUGGUAAUCUCAGGGCACAGCUGGAUGGAUAUGAGCUCAACAAGCCACAUAUUGCACAAAGACUAUCAGGACCGAGUCCUCACACCAUGCAGACAUGAACGUGGAGCUCUUUGCACAUAGAUAUUGCCUACUUUCCUCGUAUAAUAUCCAUAAUUACAGACAUGUAUACAAUAUCGGCAAAUGCAGCG